GAGAGUCAAGAACGACAGAAGCAUAAAGGGGACAAAGAGCCUUCCCCUACUGACCAGGUAACUCGCCUUGAGUCUCAAAAGGGAGAGCGGCUCGAUCAGUGUAAAAGCGAGUUGCUAGACAGAGACGGCAAAGGAAAGGCAAAGAAACAUUUAAAAUCUGACUCUGGUAGUGAUGGCAAAGACUCCCUUGUAGAUUCUGUCAAACUUGAAGCGAGGAAGAGGCGGUUCGGUGAUCCCGGCGGGAAAGCGAUACGACAGAAACGGGGGCGUCUGGAGGAGGAUCCAGGUUCUGGGAUUAGCCAACCUGCUGACUUUGCUACAAGCGCGGGAUUUGCAAAAGAGACAGAUAUUGAUGUAAAAGCAGAGAAAGAGGCUCAAAAAAUAGAACACUCCAAAUCCAGGAUUGGUUCUCAUUAUAGUCAAAGGGAAGAGCUGGAUGGCGCUAUGAGAGGGACGUCUCAGGGCCCAAUGGUAAGGUCAGGUGAAUUGCCUGAGGUGGAUGUUUUGGACUCAAAAUCUCACCCUGGGCCAAGCAUAUCUAGACGAUUUUCAACUGAUGGAACAUCCGAUAAGGACAAUAAAGUAAGGGAUGAACAUCUAGAAAAUAUUGACCUUUCUCAGAGUUACCGCAAACAGAUGGAGCAAAACCGACGGCUACGGCAGCAGCUGCAGCCGCUGGAUAAACCAGGAAAGCCAGAAACUCCUCUAGGUGUAGAUGCAGAAGAUCUUGAGCAUCGAAGCCUGGUGCAUGAGGUCGGCAAGCCUCCGCAGGAUGUUACUGAUAAUUCACCUCCAAGUAAGAUCAAGAAACAAGAGUCCUUCGAGAUGGAUAUGAAUGCUAAGAGAGAAAGGAUUUACCGAACGGUCCGGCAAAAGAGUGAAGACCUUGAGUGGAAUAACACAAACUCUCCAAGGUUUCAGCAUGCCCCCCAACAAAGAGAGGAAGA